AUGGACAUCAUCUUCUGGUACGUUGGCCAAGGUCCCGCAUACAGAAAAUACCAGCCAACAGACUACUUCUCUAGUUUGCGAACUAUUCGAAGCAGAAUAUCUACUGGCCAGUUCUUCAGCUUUGGAUCACACGUCGCCCAAGCGAUAGCAUCGGCAUACAGCAUGCAGGAUCUGCGUCAGAAGGAGGCCGAGUGA